AUGGCGCCCGUGACGAGGUCGAAACGGAUCCGGUCGGAAACAACGAGCCCACAACCUGGUCCUGGAGAUGCUCGAAGCGUAGCGCCUACGACAAGGUCUUCCAAACGACUCAGAUCUGGCGCCGCCAGCCCACAACUUGAAGAAGGUGUGCGUGAGAAGGCGCCUGCGAUGGGGUCCUCUAAGCGAACGCGAUCCGGUACUGCCAUUACACAGCCCGAGUCUCCUGAAGGUCCUCGACGUCGGAAAGGUGCUCGGAAGAAUGCUCAAUCAACUCGAGCGGCCCCUCAAGCACCCCCUCAAGCACCCCCGCCAACUGUUCCUCGAGCAGCACCUCCAGCACCCCCGCCACCUGUUCCUCCAGCAGCACCUCGAAAGCGGACGAUACCCGCCGAGCUGCUCUCCACGAUAUGCGGCCACCUCUUCGACGACGGAGCGAUUGGCACGCUGAACGCAAUCAUGCGCACCGGACCACUCGGGUACACCGUCGUCGGGCCCGUCCUCUACUCGACCCUGGUGGUCGACGACAGCUUUGCGGCCGUCCUCGAGGGUCUGGGCAAGAAUGGUCGGAAGAGGGCGCUGUUUUGGAACGUGCGGCACAUCUUCUUCGCAGCCACGGAUACGAGGGCGAUGGUGCAGUGCAUUGCCAGGAUAGUGGGCCAUGUUGCGCACUAUCCCCUGGCCGCCGACCCGCGAGACCCAGGCCCCGGGCCCGCAACUCCUUUCGCGACCGUAGACGGCGAGACGGAGCCGCUCUUUCCCAAUCUGCACAGCGUCUCAAUCGAGUCGCGGGCCUUCGUCCCCCUCGCGCUGAACCCAGACAGUCCCGCGCUCUUCCUGAAGAUGUUCUGCCGCCCCUCAGUCGGCAAGACUGUUCACCAGUCCUUCCGCGACCUCACCCCCCAGGAGCCAGAACCAGGCUUCCUAAAACGAAUGCGGUUCUCGGACAUUGCCGCUGACGGUCUUGCGGGGCGGAAGGGGCUGGACCGCCUCCGCCGAGCCCAGAUCCGAUACUUGCGCGCGAAGCGGGCAAGGGCCAUGGCCGAAGUCCUGGGCAACCCGGUCGCACUCGAGGACUUGCUCCGGCUCUGGAACCCCGAGACUGUGACGCUGCACGGGUUCCGCUUCUUCCAUCCCGGUAUGGGCGAGUGGAGGCCGGGAGGGAGGGGGGUGGACUUCCUCUCCUGGGCACAGGGGAGGGUGAGGAUCUUUGCGCCGACGGUGGGCUCGGAACAUCCCGCGGACGAGGGCGGCCAGAUCCCCGGUAUCCCCGGGUUCCAGUGCAGACGCAAAGUCGGCGAGCUGGGACGGCGCUGCGCCUGCAACCAGCUGGGCAUGUGGCGGCGGGCGGCGAAGUUCCUCGGCAGCGUGCAUGUUCAUUCCUUCCCUCCCAAUCCUCCCAAUGGUCCCCUUCCUCCCGCGAGCAGAAGUGCAAUUAGCAAACCGACACUGGAACUGUGCAACGUCGGUCAAAACCUGCCCCUGUGGUGUGGAUGCCGGUACGCGUACACGGCGGCGAUCCAGAAUCUGAAGACGUACGUGCGCGGCGAGGGCGCGCUGAUGGCCCGAUUGGAGGAGGGGAUGUGGACGCGGCGGCAGGAUACCACGCGCUUGGCGUAUCAUCUCGAGAUCCCGCACUGGAGCGAGGUGGAGGGGUGCGCGUGUGGGCUUGCUGGGGUUCAGUUGGGCCAUGAUGCAAAGGAGCCGCUCGAGGCGGGGGUCCUGCAAUGGUUCGAGGGUGACGUGGAUGGCAAGGUCGUGCCGCGAGAACAGGGAUGCACGACACCGCAUCCCUUUGAUGAGAGGGAGGUGCGUUCGAAUGACUGGGUUAAUGACGAUAGCGAGCUGUGGGAGGACGACGGGGAUGAUGGGUACGACUUUGACCGGAACCCGUGGCUGUUGAUGGCGGUGCCUCGACCGCAAGCGCAACGGGCAAGGCGCAGGCGAGCGUAG